AUGACUCGACGCGGUAUCUUCCUGCUCUUUGAGGGUGUGGAUCGCUGUGGCAAGACAACGCAGGCCAAACUUCUUCACGAAGCUUUAAACACCUUGUCACCGUCUCAACCAUCAACUUUGUUGCACUUUCCAGACCGCAGUACCGCCAUUGGUAAAAGCAUUCAUUCGUACCUUACGAGCUCUGACGUUAUGGACGAUCAUGCCAUUCAUUUGCUUUUUUCUGCUAACCGAUGGGAAGCAGUCACUAAGAUCGAGUCGAUCCUGGCCAGUGGUCACCAUAUCGUAAUGGACCGUUACUCUUUCAGUGGGGUGGCUUUCUCUGCCACUAAAAACGGCAUGUCUCUUGAUUGGUGCUGGGCACCAGAGAUCGGGCUGCCUAAACCCGACGCUGUCAUUUUUCUUGAUGUGCCUGUCUUACAGGCGUCUACUCGAGCUGACUUUGGUCAGGAACGGUACGAGCUUAUAGACUUUCAGGAGCAGGUGUACCGAAACUUUUACGACAUUAUGGAACACACGACGCCCAAGUGGCACGUCGUAGACGCCACGGAGACAAUAGACCAAGUGCACGACAAAGUGCUGGCUAUUGCCAAAGAAACAAUUGCAAAGUAUGCAGAAGCUCCACUUAACCACUUUGAAAAAUGGUGA